CACCAAAAAAUUUAGAAACAGAAGAAACAUAUCAAUAACUUAAAGCCACUUUCUGACACCAAAGAAAAAAAGGAAAGAAACUUGAUCCAUUUUCUGUCCCUGGUGGACUUCAGAGUCUUUCAUAGGACAGUAAAUUGUAGAAAAGGUUCACUACCAAACACACCAAUGGCCUCAACCUCUUCUGCUCUAACUAUAUCCUCUUCUUCCACACUUUUUGAUGGCAAGGCUCCAAGAAACUCACCACCUCUUUCUCCACAAUGUGUGACCCUUCCUCUUCCCAAUUUCCACUCUCAAAACCGUUCAUGGAAGACCUCUGCUUAUAAUGGGAAGAUUGCUCGAAAUGUUAUGGCAAUGGCCACAGGGGAGGCACCAGCUGAAGCUUCCUCAACCGAGGUGCCAGAGAUUGUCAAGACUCUUCAAGAAACUUGGGACAAAGUUGAUGAUAAGUAUGCAGUGAGUUCACUGGCCCUGAUUGGUGUGAUUGCAUUGUGGGGCUCAGUUGGGUUGAUUUCAGCAAUUGAUAGGCUUCCUUUGAUUCCUGGGAUUCUUGAGAUUGUAGGCAUUGGUUACACUGGGUGGUUCGUAUAUAAGAACAUAGUUUUCAAGCCAGACAGGGAAAAAUUGACACAGAAAGUAAAAGAAACAUACAAUGAAAUACUGGGGAGCAAUGAGUUGCCGUAGGCAUGAAAGGAUCAUAUAUCUUGCAGCUUCUUCCUGUUGAAGAUUUCAUGGUGCUUCAUUUUAUGGCCAUAAGCUUCUGAUCAUACUUUAUCCCAAGCACUGUGUGUAUGAAAAAAAUUGUAUCAUUUUAUAUAUCUUAAUCCACUUUUAAGACAGUUUCAUUUCCUCAGCUAUCUGUAGUGGUUGGUUACAAGGAUAAGAAAAAGCGAUUGAGUUCAUUAAGCUGAAUUCAAUGACUUUGAAAGAGCUUUUUAUGACCCUAUUUGUUAUCUAUCUGCAUGCAACUUGCUUGCAUACUUUCAUUUCA